AUGGCGAAGAGCAAAGAAGACAUAAGGUAUGCAACAGCACAAGCAAAGUUAUCAGAAGAUGAAGCUCUAAGGGUGAGGUACAAGCAUGGAACCCCACUUGAAGGUGGCAAGAUUGCUGAUUCUCGACCACUUGAUCUUUUCUCCGGUGCUCACAAUAUUGAUCAACUUCAUCGUCAUCAGUCUCAGUUGCACCAUGACGCUUCCGGCGAGACUCAAGGAAAUACCACCACCACCACUACUACCGCCACCGAUGGAGGAAGCAGAGCAGCCUGA